AUUAGUUAUUUCAACGCUUUUCAUCGCUCAACAAAUCAACAUUAUUAUCACACAUUCAAUCUGAUAUUCAUAAAUUGGCCCUACUUAAAUCCUUCAAGAUCAUGCCUAAAAAAUCUAAAAAUGGACACAAUAGAAGGAAACGUCAAUCAAUUGUUCUAUCCCCUAUCAGUUUUACACCUUUUAUUGAGACUUUUAUCGUCAAUACUGCUGUAGUUCUCUCUCCAAUUAUAUUCUCUCCGUUGGUUCUUUCUCCUGUUGUAUUGGGACCGAUUAUCCUCUCCCCUACAAUGUUUGUGCCACUCAUUCUCUCACCACGUGUGUUAGGUCCAUUCAUCCUAUCACCGUCGAUAUUCGACCCGUUUAUACUGAGUCCAGUAGCUCUAAACCCCUUCAUUCUAAACCCAGGAGCAUUCAUCCCUUUCGUACUCAGCCCCUUCGUUCUGUCUCCAUUUAUCCUCUCUCCACAAGUCUUCACUCCCUUAAUUCUAUCACCACUGGCUUUAUCUCCACUGAUUUUAACACCAACAGCAGCAACCCCUUUGGUUCUAUCACCCUUUGUUUUGUCCCCUAUUAUCUACUCCCCAGCCUUUUUAUCGGCUCUGGUGUUGAGCCCUUAUGCACUUUCACCUGUUAUCAACAGCCCUUUGAUUGCCUUUUCGGUAAUCUUGUCGCCGAGUUAUUUGAGUUGAAAGGUAUAUUUUGAAUUUUAUAAUACAUAUAAGCACUUUUUACGGGUAGUGAAGGUGGUUGCAUAAAGGGUACCCCCCCCCUCUCAUAGAAGUAGUGACCGGACUUGAUCCUC